AUGAGCACAGCAGAAGGAGAAUCCCGCGCGGAAUGGCAAAACAAAGACCGCACUUUUGCAUGGAUAUGGUGGAAGAGUGCUACCGAGUGGGCAGAGCGGAUUGCAAAGUGGGUGGAUGAGACGGGCCAAAAGGGAGUCGUCUUGACCAUUUAUGAAUUGAGAGAGUCGGAGGCCGUGGAGAAGCAAGAGUGGGUGGGUAUGGAUGAGGACAUGUUGAGACGAUGCCUGGAGGUUUUGGUCAAGAAGGGGAGGGCGCAGGUGUUUGGGCAGCAGGAUGGGAGUGGUGUCAAGUUUUUCUGA